AUGAGCACCGCCAGCUCUAAAUUUAAGCUGGCAUUGUGCCAAAUUGCAGUGACUAAUGACAAGCAAAAGAACAUUGCAACAGCCACUGCCGCUGUGACUGAAGCCGCCAAGAACGCAGCGCAGGUUGUGUCGCUACCAGAGUGCUGGAAUUCACCUUACGCUACCACCUCGUUUCCACAAUACGCAGAGGUGAUUCCAGAAAAGAAGGAAAUGCUAAGUGAAAAUGAUCAUCCAUCCACUUUUGCGCUAUCGCAACUCGCUGCCAAGCUUCAGAUUUACCUGGUGGGUGGUUCCAUUCCGGAGAAGGACGCCGCUGGCAAAGUUUACAACACGAGCGUCAUUUUCACACCUGAGGGUGAAAUUUUGGGCAAGCAUCGCAAAGUGCACUUGUUUGAUAUUGACGUGCCCGGUAAGAUCACGUUUAAGGAGUCCGACACGCUUUCCCCGGGCAACCACUUGACGCUCUUCGAUACACCUUAUGGCAAAAUCGGCGUCGGUAUCUGCUACGACAUUCGCUUUCCGGAGCUGUCCAUGCUUAUGAAGAAGCAAGGCGCCAAGAUUUUGCUCUUUCCAGGCGCUUUCAAUCUCACCACGGGACCGGCACAUUGGGAGCUCUUGCAGCGCGCUCGCGCAGUUGAUAACCAGGUGUACGUGGCUGCGGCCUCACCUGCGCGCGGCCCCGAGAGCGGCUACCAGGCAUGGGGCCACUCGACCGUAGUCUCUCCCUGGGGCGAAGUGGUGGCCACGUGCGACCAUGGUGAGUGUAUUGUAUACGCCGACGUGGACAUGGAGAAGGUUGAAGAGAUGCGUCGCAACAUUCCAACGUCGAAUCAGCUACGCUCGGACAUUUAUGAGCUGAUACAGAAGUAA